GCACCGUUUGCUUCUCCUGAGCUGCAGCUCAUGCUCUGCUCACCUCUGAUCUUCCCGUGCUCACUCUCUGCCGACAACGACAUCAACCCAUAACCCAUGUUUUCCCUAAUUUCCAGUCUGCUCUUUCUCACGCAGCGUUCGACAACUUGCACUACGCCCCCGCCAUUCCCAAAGGCUCUCGACAGACUUGCAUCGGAGAGUUCAGCUCCAAUGCCUGGGCCACGCGCAAAGAGCCCGAGAACCACGUCGAUCGUGGCCGCCUAUCAAUCCGCCGAAUCAAUGCUGUUGCAUCCGAGUGCGAUUCCCCUGUCGGCGUCCGCUCCUCGACUCUUCGAACCUACAGCACGGUUCCGGACGAGACUGAAGACGCUCCCCAAGAUCUCAACCGGUGCAGGUGGCUCUACCACGGCUGUCGUGACUACAUGCAAGCAGCUCAAGAAGUCAAAGCUGGCCGAUGAGAGAGAGAAGACGCUUUGGUGGGCCGAUGUAUGCGGUCCUCUGCCCGCUCUCGAGCCUCUGCGCCUGAGCUCGUACACGGAAGGAGGGUUGAUUGCGAAGAGUAGGCAUGAAGAGCUCGAUGACGCAGAAUCAGAGGCCAGCGGAGCUGCGAAAGAGGAACCGAUCGAGGACGCGAAUCGGUACUCGUCAGGCGACUCUGGCGUAGUAGCCUCCGCAACACCUUGCCCCACGACCACUUUGCCUACAUUCCCGGAAGAAGACAUCUGCGCGCCCAACAAGCCUCGAGGAAUUCCACGCGCGGGCACCAAAGAAGGAUCUUUGUCGUCCUUAGGUCAACAUCGCCUUCAGAUUGAAGCAACUCGUCGAGCAAACAUUGUAGAUGCGAAGCAGCCAGCUGAAAGCGAGGGCGUGACCCGUGUCGCCAUUCAUCUGCCUAGCACCCCGAUAGCAUCGCGCCCCAAUCAUGCGCGUGCUCCCGACUUCGACGCAGAAGAGCGGUUUGCCGAGCUGAUCCCGCCUCUCAGACCUCCUCGCCAUUCCAUGAGAGGAUGGGCUUCCAAGGCUCAUUGUUUUGCCACGUGCAUCGGAACGGGGUUCGAAGAUCGAACGGGCUUGAGGUAUAGAGGAAGCGCUUCGAGCCUCGCUGAAAAGCCCGAGGAGGCUCCCGCACAAGCGCCACGUCCUGGCAAGAAGCAAAAGAGCGACUUUGUCAGUCGCUUUGCCUUUCAGCAUUUGAGGGCGCCUGUAGAGCGGGACUGCAAAGCGAAGCAGGAAAAAGACUCAGAGACGCUCGCUCUGACGCCCCAAGAAGCUUGUUGGAGAGUCUCGACGUGUUCGUCUUCUCGAGCGCCUCCGCCGCAUUUGAGCCUCCAUCCUCAUCGCCUCACUCCCGACAUUUGCCCUUGCGACGGCUGCCUUUGACGCUGCUAUGACCGUAUGGGACCCCCUCCAGCUUCAGUCUUCACAACAGAAUCUACCUUUUACUGCGAUCGUUCGGUGGACGCUACCCACCGAGCGACCCGAUCAGAGACAGCUAGGCACACGCUUGACCUCCCCUUGCUGCCCACUA